AUUGAACCUCUGACUUCACUACGCAGGCGCAAGCGGCCUGCCGCGCGCUACUGCCUUUCCUGGUUGAGGGAAAUACCGUCUUUCGAAAGGGAGUCACUCUGGCUAGAAUAAGAAGAAUGGAUUUGAAAUGGCCUGGACUGGACUAGAGGAAGAAGUCUAAGCAAAAGAUAAUGGGUCCUUUGGCUGGAGAACCGCCCUGAGCCAGAGACUGCACUUCCCCAAAUUUUCCAGCAGGGGGCAGAAGCACCAUGAGCCUGCAGCCCAGACAGACUGCCCUGUGACCUGGAAUUUAGCCUGGGCCCCAUCUGCUAUCAGUCGACUUUUGGCCAACUUGUUUACCAUUAAAGGUGUCCCCACAUAGUGACUUCCUGUGCGAUGGCUGUUAUUUCCAUUUAUUGGAUAACAGGAGAUAGUCAUAGAGCAACUUCAAAAUUCUCUCUGGGAGGAGUGACCAAAUUGUCCCUGUAUACUGUGUGAAUUUAGGAAGUGAGGACUUUGGGAUGACUGGAUUUUAGCUGCUUCUCCCUUCGGGAAGAUGAGCAGGAGCCCUGAGUGUGGAGCUCGAAUGCCAGCUUCUGAGGGAGGCAGCGUAGGAGAAGGCACCCACAGGCAGAGGUGUAAGCAGCGCUCAUCAAGGCGUCACUGCUCACUGGGAACAUCCAGGACUCUGCUUCCAAGGCUGUCAUCUAAUUGCAGCUUCUGUAACGAAUCACAAGACACACAGCCUGCAGACACUCACCAAGUUGAGCUGCAAGUGAAAACAGGAAGCAGCCUGAACUUUCCAUCCACAGAGGGAACCUCCAGGACCCUGUGGAGCAUCAUGAACUGGGAAUAGUAGCCACGAGCCUCUCUGGAAGAGGAAGGAAGAACAGGUCUUUGCCCGUGCCUGACUCCACUGUCCAGCAUCUUUGUCUGAUCCCACUGUCCUCACUGUCGACAGGACCAGACUUCUAGCAGGAUCUCUUCCCAGGGGAUGGGCAACUGGUGAAGUAGUUCUCACUGCUGGGGCUCAGUUGGCCACACCAUGAACCUCCAAGCCCAGCCCAAGGCUCAGAACAAGCGCAAGCGUUGCCUCUUUGUUGAGCAAGAGCCAGCUCCCAAGGAACAGCCGCCUCCCCUGCAGGCCCCACCGCAGUCCAUCCGCGUGAAGGAGGAGCAGUACGGGGGCCACGAGGGUCCGGGAGGGGCUGCCUCCACCUCUCAGCCUGUGGAGCUGCCGCCUCCCAGCAGCCUGGCCCUGCUGAACUCUGUGGUAUAUGGGUCUGAGCGGAACCCAGCAGCUAUGUUGUCCCAGCAAGUGGGCUCAGUGAAGUGGCCCAACUCUGUGAUGGCUCCAGGGCGGGGCCCAGAGCGGGGAGCAGGUGGGGGCGUCAGCGACAGCAGCUGGCAGCAGCAGCCUGGCCAGCCACCACCUCACUCCACAUGGACCCGCCUGUCCCUCUACGGUGGACCCAAGGGAAGCCCUCAUCCCACUGUGGGGGCCUCUGCCUACUAUAACCACCCUGAGGCACUGAAGCGGGACAAAGCUGGGGCCUCACAGCUGGACCGCUAUGGAAAUGCGGUGCGGCCCAUGAUGCCACAGAAAGUGCAGCUGGAGGUAGGGCAGCCUCAGGUGCCCCUGAACUCUUUCCAUGCAGCCAAGAAACCCCCAAACCAGACACUGCCCCUGCAGCCCUUCCAGCUGGCAUUUGGGCACCAGGUGAACCGGCAGGUCUUCCGGCAGGGCCCGCCGCCCCCCAACCCUGCUGCCUUCCCCCCGCAGAAGCAGCAGCAACAGCAUCAGCAUCAGCAGCAGCAGGCCGCCCUACCCCAGAUGCAGCUCUUUGACAACUUCUACUCCAUGCAGCAGCCGCCCUCUCAGCAGCCCCAGGACUUCGGCCUGCCACCAGUAGGGCCACUGGGGCAAUCUCACCUGACCCACCCCAGCAUGGCCCCUUACACCUUCCCCCACAACCCAGAUAUGAACCCAGAACUGCGCAAGGCCCUCCUGCAGGAGGCAGCCCCGCAGCCUGUGCUACCUCAGCCCCAGAUGGCCUUUCCCCGCCGCUCCCGCCGCCUCUCGAAGGAGGGCAUCCUGCCUCCCACCGCCCUGGAUGGGGCUAGCACCCAACCUGGGCAGGAGCACACAGGCAAUCUGUUUCUUCAUCAUUGGCCUCUGCCGCAGCCACCUCCCAGCUCCCUGGGGCAGCCCCAUCCCGAAGCUCUGGGAUUCCCAAUGGAACUGCGAGAGUCACAGCUGCUGUCUGAUGGGGAGAGACUGGCACCCAAUGGUCGGGAACGGGAGGCUCCUGCCAUGGGCAACGAGGAGGGCAUGAGAGCAGGGGGCACAGGGGACUGUGGACAGGUGCUACGAGGUGGGGUGAUCCAGAGCACAAGACGGAGGCGCCGGGCAUCCCAGGAGGCCAAUUUGCUGACGCUGGCCCAGAAGGCGGUGGAGCUGGCCUCGCUGCAGAACGCAAAGGAUGCCAACGGCUCUGAGGAGAAGCGAAAAAGUGUGUUGACCUCAACUACCAAGUGUGGGGUGGAGUUUUCUGAGCCAUCCUUAGCUGCCAAGCGAGCACGAGAAGACCCUGGGCUGGUACCCCUCAUCAUCCCAGUGUCUGUGCCUGUGCGGACUCUGGAUCCAACUGAGGUGGCCCAAGUUGGAGUUGUUGAUGAGGAUGGGAAGGAUCCAGAACAGCACCCUACUGAGCACAAGCCUUCAGUUAUUGUUACCCGCAGGCGGUCCACCCGUAUCCCGGGGACAGAUGCUCCAGCUCAGGCUGAGGACCUGAAUGUCAAAUUGGAGGGGGAGCCUUCUGUGCGGAAACCAAAGCAGCGGCCACGGCCAGAGCCCCUGAUCAUCCCCACCAAGGCAGGCACUUUCAUUGCUCCUUCGGUGUACUCCAACAUCACCCCCUACCAAAGCCACUUGCGUUCUCCUGUUCGCCUAGCUGACCACCCCUCUGAGCGAAGCUUCGAGCUGCCCCCCUACACACCACCUCCCAUCCUUAGCCCUGUUCGGGAAGGCUCCGGUCUCUACUUCAAUGCCAUCAUAUCAACCAGCAGCAUCCCAGCCCCUCCUCCCAUCACGCCAAAGAGUGCACAUCGCACCCUGCUCCGGUCAAACAGCGCUGAAGUCACCCCGCCCAUCCUCUCUGUGAUGGGGGAGGCCACCCCUGUGAGCAUCGAGCCACGCAUCAAUGUGGGUACCCGGUUCCAAGCAGAAAUUCCCUUGAUGAGGGACCGCGCCCUGGCAGCUGCAGACCCCCACAAGGCUGACCUGGUAUGGCAGCCAUGGGAGAACCUAGAGAGCAGCCGGGAGAAGCAGAGGCAAGUGGAAGACCUGCUGACAGCUGCCUGCUCCAGCAUCUUCCCUGGUGCUGGCACUAACCAGGAGCUGGCCCUGCACUUUCUGCACGAGUCCAGGGGAGACAUCCUGGAAACUCUGAAUAAGCUGCUACUGAAGAAGCCCCUGCGGCCCCACAACCAUCCACUGGCAACUUACCACUACACAGGCUCUGACCAGUGGAAGAUGGCUGAAAGGAAGCUGUUCAACAAAGGCAUUGCCAUCUACAAGAAAGAUUUCUUCCUGGUGCAGAAGCUGAUCCAGACCAAGACCGUGGCCCAGUGUGUGGAAUUCUACUACACCUACAAGAAACAAGUGAAAAUUGGUCGCAAUGGGACUCUUACCUUUGGGGAUGUAGAUAUAAGCGAUGAGAAGUCAGCCCAAGAAGAGGUUGAAGUGGAUAUUAAGACUUCCCAGAAGUUCCCAAGGGUGCCUCUUCCCAGAAGAGAAUCCCCAAGUGAAGAGGGGCUGGAGCCUAAGAGUGAGGAAAAGGAGCCCAGGAAAGAGGGGGAGGAAGAGGUGCCAGAAAUCCAGGAGAAGGGGGAGCAGGAAGAGGGGCGAGAGCGCAGCCGGCGGGCAGCUGCUGUCAAAGCCACGCAGACACUCCAGGCCAAUGAGGCGGCCAAUGACAUCCUCAUCCUUCGAAGCCAUGAGUCGAAUGCCCCUGAGUCUGAGUCAGCAGGUGGCCAGGCCUCAGAGAAGCCAAGGGAGGGGCCAGGGAAGUCACGAAGGGCACUACCUUUCUCAGAGAAGAAGAAAAAACCAGAGGCAUUUAAUAAGACCCAGAACCAGGAGAACACUUUCCCUUGUAAAAAAUGUGGCAGGGUCUUCUACAAGGUGAAGAGCCGCAGUGCCCACAUGAAGAGCCACGCAGAGCAGGAGAAGAAGGCUGCAGCCCUGCGGCAGAAGGAGAAGGAGGCCAAGGAGGCUGCUGCCCUUGCCCUGCGCCCCCAGGAGGAGAGUGCGGGUGAAAAGGGCUGAGUUUGGCUAGGAGCCUCCAGAGCGAGCCCAGAGGGUCAUGUGGACAUUUCUCAGCAAAACAAUUCAGACAGUGAAAUAAAUGGCUUUUUUAUUUA